CGAAUUGAUAAUUCUUUUGAGUGCAUAUCCGGAUUGCAUGCCUAUCUACGAAGGAUUCCGAAUCUCACUACUUAUUUGCCUAUAUCUCCGAAUCUCAUUAUUAUAAACAAACAAUAAACAUUCUCAUUCUUAAAAUUCCCAAAAACAAAUGUAACAAACUCAAAUGGAGGGUCGCCGGAGAAUAACGCUUUACGAUCAAAUGAAAUCGGGUAACACAACCAACAAUCGAAGUUCACUUGCAAGUUUAAUCCUCAACGACGCCGUUUUAACCAACCAGAAAACCCUAAACCAAACACUCUUAGACAUUAUACAAGAACACGAACCAAACAACGUUGUUAACAACAACAAUAACACGAAGGAUCGAAAAUCGUGGAAAGCGUUUAAAGAGUUACUUCGUCUAAAGCGUCGUAACUCGGACGAGUCCGACGCCGUUGGGGAAGAUCCUGGAAAUUCGGAUCUGCCGGAAUUGCUUGCCGGUGGAGUUGCCAAUUCGGAGACGGCACAGGGUAGCAUAUCGCUGAUGGAUUUGUUGGAGGAAAUGGAAGUUGAUUUGGAUCGAAGCAGUGAUGUCGAUGAUGGUGAUGACGUGGACGAUGAAUAUUAUCAGAAACGAGUGGAAGAAGGGAAUGUUCCGGUGGAACAGAAUUGCUGCGUGUGUAUGGUGAGGCAUAAAGGUGCAGCGUUUAUACCGUGUGGACACACGUUUUGCAGGAUGUGUUCAAGAGAGAUUUGGGUGAGUAGAGGGAAUUGUCCACUUUGCAAUAAUUCUAUAUUGGAAAUUCUUGAUAUUUUCUGAUCACAAUGAUUAUCAGCAUUCAUUUUUUUUUUAAUUUCUAGAUUUUCUUUUUCCACUUAUCAUCUAUGUUUGAGUUUGAGGUUUUUCUUUUAUGGGUUCUGUAAUAGUGUUCUCCCUUCGAUUGAUCGAGUUGGAGGAGUUGCAUGUGUAAAUUCACUAAUUAAGUUGUGUAUGACUUCACUUGCUAAUUUAUGAGUAAAGAGUAAUUUCGGUCUUUAAA